CUACCGAACGGAACCAGUAAAAGAGGCGAAGAAGAGUGACUUCAGCAUGUAGCUUUGAGAAGGGAGACUUCGGUUGAGCCGUAUUUGAAAAAGUGAAGUUUUAGCUAAUUAAAAUUAGCUAGGAAGAACCUUUGGACUUCUCUAAUUGUUAAGAAACUGUCAUCCUGUUUUCAGCAAAAAGGGCAAAUUAACUGAAAAUGCGGGAUCGGACGAAAGAGCUGGGCAAUACUGCUGAGAGCUCUGAUGAGGACGAAGAGGGCAAAGCCCUCAUGAAGGGCUCGGAUGCAGGUAAAGAAGGAAAGGAGGACAAAGAGCUGUUCUUCCAGAGGGUACGAGAAAUUCAGGAGGGGUUGGAGUCCUUGAAAAAGAAGGUUUCUGACCUGGAGAACAAGCAGAAGACAGUAUUGGGAGUCGCGCUGCCUGAAGAUGGUAUGAAAAAGGAACUGCAGACCAUCAGAGAUGAAAUCAAAACGACGGCCUCCCACAUCCAGAAGAAGCUGAAGCUUAUCGAACCAAAAAAAGAGGAUACUGAGGAUGGGAAAUACGUACCUAUUAAUUUAAGGAUGCAGAAAACGCAGCACGGAGUCCUUUCCCGGGAGUUUGUCGAGGUGAUGGGCCGAUGUAACACCAUUCAGGCUCAGUAUCGAGACCGGAACGUGGAGAGGAUACAGCGACAACUUAAAAUAACGGGCAGCAAUGUGGAUGAUGAGGAGCUGGACAGGAUGCUGGAGAGCGGACAGACAGAUGUCUUUACACAGAACCUUCUGAAUGAUGCCAAAGCCACCAAGCAAGCCUUAAACGAGAUUGAGACUCGGCAUGAUGAAAUCCUUAAACUGGAGAGGAGCAUCCGGGACCUGCACGACAUGUUCCAGUACCUGGCGCUGGAAGUUGAAGCCCAGGGCGAGAUGGUAGACCGAAUCGAGGCCAACAUUGUGCAGUCUACCAACUACGUGGAGAAAGCCGUAGCGGACACGGAGCAAGCAGUUACCAACCAGCGGAAAGCCCGCAAGAAGAAACUUUGGAUCGCACUGUGCAUUCUUAUUCUGCUGGUUAUAGUGGCGAUAAUAUGCGCGCUGUCUUUUGCCACUUGAGACUGUCUUCCUAGUAUCUCCAAUUACUGAACCUUGACGUGACUGGAGAGAAACAGGUCCAGUCAUACUGACACAAUACUGACCCGUUUGCACAAGUUUUCUUCUACGUUUUUCUGGGCACAGGACCUGUACAGUCUUCUCUUUCACAUCCCUUUCAACCUAAGACUCGCACUGAUACUCUUAGACAUGCUUGUAAAAAAACAAUUGAGCCCACUGACACUUUAUAGUUGGCUGUCCUCAGGAACAAAAGUAGAAUUCAUUUGUUAACUACGAAUGGUUUUUGCAGUCAGGCUUUGUUGGACACUUAGGAAUUGACUUUGUGUCAGUGGUAGGCUGGCUGCAUUUCUUUUUAUAAGAAGCACAAAGAACUUCUGUAAAAAUCAUCCAAAUUUUAUCAGUGGUUAGUUUUAUAAAUGAUAUAUCAAGCAUAAUGCUUUAGAAUUUGCCUUACUAGGUUUUAUGCAUUUGAAACAUAUAACCUCUAGACUGCUCCAUUGCUGUAUAAUACAUUUUAUAUUUUCAGCAAUUAGCUGGUUUUUAAAAAGUUAAAGAAGUAUUGUGCCUUAGAAGGAAAGCAUAUGAACCAGACUGUUCUGGUGUUUUGCAUUUCUUGGGGGUUCCUGUAUGUUUCUCAGAAUUUAAUUGAAGUUCCCCAUCACAUUUUCAGUUUUUAAUAGCUACUGUAAAAUUGUUAGAGCCCACUGAGAAUUAUUGUGACAGAACUACAUGGGGCUGUCCAGACCCUUGGCUGGGGUUUGACAUAAAAUAUUUAGAUGGGAUAUUAUUUAAAAGAAAGGCCUGAUACCUUUUUAAAGUCAAUUUAAUUAUUAUAUAUUUUUUUUAUAUAAAUGUCGUGUGUUGUGUCUUAGGUCCUUGUUUUUAUUCCAACAGUCCUGAGAAUUAAUGGUAAUCCAUUUUCCCCUUUUCAGUAUCAUACUACUAUGUUUGAAAUAAAAAAAAACACUGAUGCAAGUACCUUAA